AUGGAUAAGUGUGAUAACACCUCCGUGCAAGGAAACAAAGUUUCUUAUGAUCCAGGCUGGAACGACCCGCCUAAGUUUUCAUACAAUGCACAACAGACUACACCGAAUCGUCCACGCAACUUUCUUAACAAACGAGUUGCUUUUCCUCUGUCAGGCACUGGAUCGACUACAGCAUCCGUUCCAUCGGUAAAUUUACCUCCUAUGCCUGUGGCCUUGCCUACAAUAUCUACACAUAGUAAACAAAAUAAUUGCAAAAAUGUACCUGACGAUAUUAUUAUAAUUGAUAGUGAAAGUACUCUUACAGAAGUGAAAGAUAUAUUUGUGAAAUUAAUUGAUAGCGGGGAAUUAGGCUCUAAGGCAAAUGAUAUCAGAAAAAGAAUUGAUGUAAUGGAAGAUAUGUGGUUGAAAGGAAAAUUAAAUUCAAAAAUACAAACAGAGAUGAAAGAACUAGCAUAUGCUCUCCGUGAUGACCAGCCGAGCAAAGCAGAUGAAAUCCAUAAAUCACUAAUGGUGGAUCAUGUUAGUGCAGUGAUACUGAGGAGAGAGUUGAAAGAUGCACAGAUUGAAUCGGAAUUAAGUAGAAUGAUGUCCUCCGAUGACGAGGAAGAUGAGGACGAUGAAGAAUUUACCUUCGUGAGUGAAAGGCCCAACUUAUUUAAUAAUUUAGAUGCAAAGAUGAAUAAGAUUCAAUCUUAUAGCUACAAAGAACUCUUAGACAAUCUUGAUGACUGUAAUCAGCCAGCGCAAUCACUUUCCUCAGCGCAACCAUCCUCCCCAGUGCAAGCACCCUCCCCAGUGCAGGAAUUUACCAUACGUUCUUCACCAGAGAGGAAUGUUUCUGAGAAGGAUGCAGUUGAUGAGCCCAUGUCAUCUUUUUGA